AUGGAACUCGCAGUGUCUGCAGGGCCCACUCCGCGACAGAGCGAUGACGGCGGUACUUUUGUGGUUAAUUCACUUUUAGCCUCUUCACGUAAACCAUAUGUAGAGGUCCAUAACGGGUCGCUCCGCAGGAGGGCUAUAUCCGCAACGGCUAUUGGCGCAAUUCUUGCUUCAUUGGUCACCAUACUUUUGACUGUUGCCACAUGCCUAUAUCCGAUGAUAAAAGAGACAUCAAUGGGAGCACCACAACGUCGACUAGCAGGCAGGAAUUGGUGGCGAGAGCGUAGUGGCGUGCCCAGUUGGCUAUUAUGCGACGAGGUGCUGAGCUCUGAUGAGGAGAGUUCUGAAGGACCUCCACCUCCUGGAGGCACAGCACCUCGGAAACGAGCUCGCCAAGGAUUAGAGGUUGGUACGGGAGGAAGUCUUCUUGAAGAUGAUGGACUCGAAACGAAAAGAUUCCGACCCAUACAACCGGAUUCGACAUCGAGUCCGCAGGGCAGCCCCCUUACGGAAUCUGGCCAAGAUUUAACAUCAGAAGGUCCUGAAGAACCUUUCACGCUAUUUUUGGAAGAAAGUUUCUCCGGAGAUGAGGGUCACAGCGGUACGCAACAGCCCAGUCCGCAGCCGCCCGAUACAGUUGAUGACUCCGUGGAGACAGCAGCUGAUCAAACAGGAGGAGCUGACUGCUCCAAAGGUUCCGAAUCAUCUGGGAAAGGCGGCUCCGGAAGUGGUGGCAGCGUUAGUCCACAGGAGGAAGUGAGCCCGCCCAGUCCAAGUGCGCUGCCCGUGGAGGGCACCGUACAGCCUUCAGAUGGUUCUGAGAAGCACAGCAGUACGCAACAGCCCAGUCCACAACCGCCCGAAACAGUAAACAAUUCCGUGAAGACAGGACCUGAUCAAACACAAGGAGGGGCUGAAUGCGCCGAAGAUUCCGACUCAUCUAGUAAAGACGGCUCCGGAGGUGGUGGUAGCGUGAGUCCACAGAAGGAAGUGAGCUCGCCCAGUUCAAGUGCGCGGCCUGUGGAGCGCACCGCAGAGGGUGGAGAUGGUUCUGCAAAGUCUCGUACUGGAAAGCCACCGAAGCACCAGUCUGCCGGUUAA